AUGAGUUUUAACUUAUUCUCGCAAUCUGAGAGCGGAAUCAACGCCUUAAGGAAUGGCAACCUAGACAGGAAGAGACAGCGGGAUCUGCAGGCCCAGAAAAUGCGUGAAUCAAAGCGCCUGAAGCAAUUGGCCGUCGACCAGCCCGAUUCUACAGUAACCCAAAAAAAUGGAAAUUUCAGUGUUUACAUCAAUGAGGUAUGUUUUUUCUUAUAGAUUGGUUUUGUUUUUAGAUAUUACAUAGAAUCGCAUGUGGGCUUUCAAAUUCCGUUGAAAAAUCGAAAAUUGGUCGCGUACUUUUUGAGAAAAUUGGGUUCAAAAUUAGGGUCCUAAAGGCAAAAAAUUCGAAAUUUUGAAUUUUAAGGGUCUUUGCGCUUUCAGAACGUUCUAACUGACAUCACAAAUGCUUCUGUGACUCCAAGAAGGACUCCUACGUCUCGAUUGAACCUUCAACGUGAACGGGCGCCCGUAGCAAAUGCCUCAGGGAAAAAAGUUCGGGAGCUCACAGAAGAAGUGGAAAAAUUGCAAAAACAAAGAUAUGUGGCGAAUUAA